CAUUCUGAAGAAUAUUCUGUUGUAUUCAGCGUUUGUACUGUGAAUUCAAGAGUGAAUCCGAGUAUAUAUUUGAACGGAAAUACAAAAUGAGUGAAAAGACACCGGAAAAGAAGUCGGAGACCUAUCAACUGGACGAGCUGUCCAAAAAGGAAGAGGAGGCCAAUGAGGACACGCCUCUGAAGCCCCGGGACAAUGAUGUGGAGGCCGGCGGACAGACAGACAUAUCGGAGACGAAGGACAACGAGAAGUCAGUGAUGGCUUCGGCCGACGAAAAGGCGGCGGAAGACAAGCAGUCGUCCGCACUCUUAGAUCAGCGCAAAGUUAAACUCAUUUUAGCGAUUGUCGGCGCAGUCCUACUCGUACUCCUACUCCUCAUUGUCGCCAUACUUGUCAUCAUCUAUAGGGAUGGGUGGGAUGAGGACAGCACCUACCGCUACAUUAGACUCGUACCGAAACCUAACGGCCCUCAAAACCUACUACAGUUCCGUCACGGGGGUAUGCCCUACGAGGGGAGAGUGUGGCCCGACCUGGUCCGUCAAAUGGACGACUUCGUGCACAACUACAACCCGGAGCUAAACACUCGCACCAAAAACGUGUCGGAAUGCAUACCCGGGUUCGAGCGAAAGCCGGGCACUCAGUGUCUGUUUGACAUCCGCACGAUAGCGCCCGAAUGUACCAAGGGCGAUUAUGGGUACGCCACGGGCACCCCAUGUGUGUUCCUACAGUUUAAUAACAUAAGCGGUUGGACUCCCGAGUUGUACACCGAUGAGGACUUCUACAGUAAUAACUCAUUGCCAGAAACCCUCCGACAGUUUUCCCGGACAUCGCGGAUGGUUUUCAUUGAGUGUAAAGGCAAUACGAUCGUAGACCAGGAAAACAUGGGCCCCAUCGAGUACACCCCUACCCAAGGCUUCCCCAUAUACUACUUCCCAUACGACGGGCACCCGGACUAUAUGCCACCCUUCGUGGCCAUACGAUUCAAAUCCCCGGCCACUUCCAUAGCCAUAGGAAUCACGUGUCGACUGUACGCCAAGAAUCUCAACCAGACGUCCGACGCUAGUUUCGAGACCAUCCCGGAGCCGGUGCCGGCCCUACCAUUCAAUCUAUUCAUCGAAUAA